CGCUCUGUGAAAGCGACAGUGACAUUUCCCGGAGCGAGGGCUCGGUCCUCGCGAGAGAUCGGUCCCGAGAUCAGAAAAAAAACGCCGUAGGAUUGUGAACAUCUGCGAGAUGAUACUCACGUUCUCGCGAGAUAAAGAGCAGCGACAUGGUCCCGCGUUUCGCUUAUUUCGACACGACGCCAGUUUGCGCGAGGCAGAAGCUUCUCAUACAAUAAGAAAUUAAUUUUAAUUUUAUUUUGAACGCGCGUGUUUUCAACGAGACUUGUGAGAAACGUGAUGAAUCAAGAUUAGCGUGGAAGUGAUACAGAAGUCACGUGGAUUAAAUCGAAGGUGUAUACUGCAAUGAGAAGAUCACUUUUACUUGGACAACGCCAACAAUCACCGGGAUUUCUUCAAUGUGGGUUUUUUUAAAGAAAUCGUAUUUGAGGCUCAAAAAUACUUCUGUCUUUUUCGCAAUUUCGCAAUUUUACUGAAAUGAGUCUUUCGGAGAUUUUGUGGAUCUUUAUCCUAAUUGCGACGUUUGAAACAGUGUCCAUCGCUAACUCAUUGACCGGAGAUCACGUUUGCUCAAGAAUAGAGAAUUACACAGUUACGUCGUACGAGACUUACACCGAGCCAGUCGUGGUCAACUCAUUCACUUGGUGUUUACAAAUUCCCCCGAGAUGUCCCAAGACACGGACCGAAGUACGACAACGAUAUCGUGUGAAGGCGGAGGAAAAAUCGAGGACUCUGAAGGAAUGCUGCGAAGGAUACAAAAUUCACGGCGAUGCGGAAAUGGAUGCGAGCUGUUUACCGUUUUGCGAAAAAUGUGUGGUAGGUGUGUGCGUCGCACCGAACGAAUGCCGUUGCAAUCCUGGAUAUUAUGGAGAUGACUGUGCUCAUGCAUGCCCAUUGGGAUUUUGGGGUCUACAAUGUACAAAAGUAUGCGAUUGCGGUGAGAGUAGUAUCUGCGAUUCUGUAAACGGCACUUGUCAUUGUUCUCCAGGACGGCAAGGACCUCAAUGCGAGGAGCAUUGCGCAAUUGGCCAAUGGGGCCCAAGUUGUGCAAACAAAUGCACAUGUCAAAACUGGGAUAAUGGCUGCGAUGCCGUAACCGGAAGCUGCAUUGACGACGAUGUCUCUUCGGUCGAGCAAACGUCGCCCGCUUAUUUGCAGAGCUCUACUACCGACCGGCUACCACAAACAGGAAUUAGUAAUACGGAGCAUACGGAGAUUGUCUCUGUGCCACGUGAAAUCACCGAACGUCAGAAAGGUAUCAAUAAGAGUUGGAAUGACACCAAUUACAUUCCGGAAACAACGAGUCCGGCAACAGCUUCAAUCAUGGCCCCUCCUCAGGGAGUAGAAGUUUCGGUAAACGAAAUGCAAAUAAAGAAUCCUUCCACCACUGCUCGUCCUGUGAUCGUUUUAGUCUCCGUUCCUGAACGUAGAAGGGACAUUGAAAAGGAUAAUCAAAAGUUCGCCAAAGACGUUCUUCUCAGACAUGUCCAAAGUGACAAAAGCAUCAAUGUGCCAAAUGUCGAUUAUGUAAAAACUAUUCACAAAGACGAUAUUCAGACAUCAACGCCAAUCUCGUUAGACAUCGCUCUAAUCGUCAUCGCUGCGAUCGUCUCCCUCGGUCUCACCUCGCUCGCGGUGGUUAUGGUCCUUCACAUGCGUUCCAAAUUAUUCGAGACCAUUCGUCUUGCUGUCUAUGAUGACGAGAAGACCAAAAGCCCAGAACGCAAGAGCGUGAACAACGGAAGGAUGUCGGUGGUAAACGCCACUCUGCCUUCACCCCCGAUUUGUGCGAAUCCGGUAUUCGCCAUUAAUGCAGAACCGGAAACGAUACUGACAGUUGAUGGCAUUGAAUCGCUGAAUACUUACGCCAACGGCGCCGCUACAAUCGGUCUUCGAAUUUCUGGUAAUUUUCGCGAUCUGUUACAAGAUAGUCAUUACGACCGACCAUCAGCAACUCUGAUACGUCUGCAGACAAAUAUGGACCAUAACACGGAGCACUUGUACGACGAAAUACCAAUGCAGACCACUCCUUCGGAUCGCAAGGAUUUGUGAUGGAGGAAUGCAUUUUCAUUUAUCCGGUCCAAUCUAUAUCCGCAUCUUUAGUUAUAUAGUUCAAUAAUGCGUCACAAUAAAAGGACCUUGAAACGUUUUUAGGCUUGUCAAUGAUCGAUAAAAAGUCGAUCUAACUGGUUUCUGACCUUACGCAGAAUCAAUAAAUGUGCAAGGCUGAACGUGACUGCAAUUGAGUGGCACAAGACGGAACAAGUCAUUCGAGUACGAGUCAGUGACCGACAGUAGAAUUUAAUUAACGGAGCAACAGCUCCUUUUGAAUAAACUAUUUUGUAAUGUCGACAGAAUGAUGUCAAACUGGAGGCAAAUGCACUCGAUUAUGAUUGCGCACAAAUGCGCAAUUAGGUGGAAAACUGUUAUUAUCCAAAUGAUAUUAAACAUUUAUGCAGCCUGCGGAACGGAAUUACCUGUUUGCAAAUAAAUAGAUGCGAAAAUAAACUGCCCGGCAUAAAUCUAGCAGCGUCGUUAGUGUUGACGUAAUUUACGGUAUAAAUUACCGUUGUGCAAAUAAAUUUAUUGUUUAUUUAUUCCAG